UCCACCCGAGAUAGGCACCGACUAAUGUAAUGCAUUCAAUCUAUAUUUUUCUUGCAUUAUUGGGAGACAUGCUUAGGCCCAACAACGUCAACCUCCACUGCUGGACAAGGUAAGUGGUUUUCAAUUCAAAUUGGUAAGGCACGUACAAUGCUAUCACACACACACACCCCCCCCAUAUAAACAUGGUUUCCAACUAGAUCUGAUGAUCACCUCUAAUUACCAUUGUAACUGCCCAGCCGGUCGCUCGUUCUGAUUGUCUUACCAUUUGGUGCUAGUCUCACGCUCCUGCGUAAGUCGAUCCCGAUUGAGACAGGGCCCGGUAUCGUAGUUUCUGGUGUGCAGAUAGGUUGCGGGAUACCAGUGGUGGAAAGUGUACUCGCAAUAAAGGGAUUCUGGGGCCCAAAGUGCCCGGUGAUGAUAAAAAAGACCAUUACUUGAAACAUGGAAUUGGUCUCCGCACACACACACAUCUACAUAUAUAAGAGUGUGUGUAUAUAUGUGUGGAUCCUUCCAUCUUCAUUGUAUGAUCAUAAAUAGUGUUCCUCUCCUUCAUGCAAUUCUCUAGUUAUGUAUAUAUCCCUAAGCUGAACAUCCGCCAAUUGAAAAUUAGAGAAGACAGCAGCAAAUAGUCUUACUACAUAUAUCAAGAAAUUAAGCGGAAAAAAAGUGAGAAAAAAAUUAAGAAAAUUAAGUUCUGCAAAGAAGAUGAGAAGUGGUGCAAAGAUGAUGGAGGGUAGUUCCAAGAGGAAGCUGAUUCCAUGUAAAGGGCUUGGGAGAUUCCUCAAGGAGCAGAGGAGUCGGCUCUACAUCAUACGGCGAUGCGUCGUUAUGCUGCUCUGCUGGCAAGAUUAAUCGAUCCUAGCUCAAUCCUCCUCAUCAUCAUCCUGCUCCCGGGGUUUCUUCGGGUUUUGCUCAUUUCUUGCUUAUUUUUUUACUUUUGAUCAUGUAAAUAUAGCAGAAUCGUGAGUAUUAGAUUAAUACUCUCUAUUCUGUUUCGCUUCGAAAUCGAAUCCCAAAAUUCGGGUUUAAGGAGGUGAACAUUUAGUUCUUUUUUUUUUUUUGCCCCACAUAUGUUCAGAUGUUCAUAAACUGUGGGUCUUCUUUUCCUUCUAAUUCUUCGCUCUUUCCAUGAUGAGGAACCCCCAAGGAUUUUCUUCGAGCAUCUCUUUGAACAACCAUAUGUAUACAUCGAUCAGAUGUACGUAUCAAAUAAAGUUCAAAACAAGGCUUUAAGAAGUUACUAUAUCCGUGCU